AUGCGCAUCAUAUCUGUCGAGUACAUGUACGUACAGUAUAGUCCGGUGGGCGAGGGCGGUGUGGAUGCUGCAUUGUGCGGUCAGGAACAUUGGGCGCGCGGGUGGGGAAGGCGCGUUGCAUGGACCAUGGAUGAUCGCUCCUUCCUUCCUCGAAAAGCUCGUAGCUCCAGCGGCCGGGCGGGCAAGCCCCUCCAACCUUUUCCCUUCGGAGUAGAAACUCAAAAGCAAUUAAAAAAAAAAGCAAGAAAAAAAAAGAGCCGGUGUUUUGAGUCCGCACAGCAUUCAGAACAAAGUCUUCACCGCAAUCUGCGCGGAGAGAGCGGUUGUAGAGAGAAAGAGAGAUGUAGACCACCGCCCACUGCCCAGUACCGAGCAAGAUGGCUGCAGUAUGGCAAGCCUGCACGGCGCCCAAAGCAGCGGCCGGCGAACGAGAGAUUGGUCUGGACGGCGCCCGCCCAACGCACGAUCAGCAUCCUCCUACAUCAUACCCUGAUUCAUCCCACUUGUGACUUUGCCUACGGAGUAGAGACCUGCCGUCCGACGAAAAACAACGGCCGCGUCCCCGCUCUCGUCGAUAAUUCGACUCAUUAUUUUGCUGGAUUAUCGUUUGCUAACCCAAACUCCGCUAGCCUGGCGUCGACGCUAGCAUCCUGUCACUGUGACAACGAACGAGAAGGUCCCCGCUGCUGCUACCCACUGCGAGAGGGUCCGGAGGUCCCCAGCGAUGGUGCCAUCCACUGUCCACUCCGCGGUGAGCCGGCUGCGCCGACGAGGGUCCCAAGACUAAGAGCUACUAUUGAUUGCUUGCCCUUCGCGCCUCGUGCUGCUGCUGCUGCUGCUGCUCAUGAUGCUUCUUUUCUCCUCCUCCCCCUCCUCUCUGCCCUCUUCUCCUCGCCUCAUCAACCACCUCUGUCAAUUGUGAAUAACACACCUCGCGCUCACCUGUCUUGCGUUCCCCCUGGUCCAAGCUCGACGAGCCAUACAGGGACUCUCAACCAGUUCAAUCCGCUUGCGCGUUGUUGUUUUUGGUUUUGUUUUGUAUUUAACGACCGUUACGACGUUAUGGCUCAUGGAACAGUAGAGACUGUUACGAUUUCCGUCCAUCGCCCCUCUGAUACCCCUUCUGUUUUCGUCGCGGGGACUUUCUCCGAUCCUGCUUGGGAGCCGCUCGAGCUGACUCCCAAGCCUGCAGUGCCUUCGGGAGAAGAUUCGGCUGACUCGGCCGCUGGCUAUGUCUUCUCUCGCGAAUUGAAAAUCCCACCGGGAAAGUAUCAGUACAGAUUCCGUCUGGAUUCGCCCGAUUCCUGGUUUCAUGACGAGAAGGCUGAGACCGUUACGGAUGACGAUGGGACCACCAACAACGUCCUAAAUGUCGACGCCACCGCUCCGUCUACCGUAGUUUCUGACGAAAAACCCUCCAUCACGGAGGCUGAGGCUGCGACCAACGGCCAUGCAGAGGCAGAAGCUGUCUCGGAUGCUACGGCGGAGGCUAAGGACAUCCCCUCCGAGAAGGCAGGAGAAGAAGCCGUGAACGGAUCAAAGGCUGAGGAUACCCCUGAAGCAGCGGUACAGAACGGAGAUGGUGCAGGAGAAGCAAAUGGGAUUGCCCAUGAUACCCCCGAGUCGAACGCGCAUGAAAGUGAGACAGCGGAAGAGCCUGCUGCCGCUGCCGCCGCAAACGACCAUGCUGUCGAGACUGUCAACGAGAAGCCGGAACCCCCUUCGGAGGCUACAGAUACCGCUGCAACGGAGUCCGUGAAAGAGGAGGAGGCUGGAAAAGAAAAUGGCAUCAGCUCUGAGGCUCAUGAAUCUGCCGACGUCGAAGAGAAAGAGAAUGGCACGACGAACGACUCCACAGCCCCUGCUGAAGUUGAAGCGACUAGCGACGACAAUGUCCCUGCUCCAGAGGAUACCAAUAAUGCCACUCCUGACGCUCCCGGAGAGAGCUCUGAAAAGGAUGCUGAAGGAAAGGAAGAAGAAGCGGCUCCUGCUGACGCCUCACAGCCAACGGAGGAUGCCGAACCUGCCCCGACUGCUGCAGAAGAUAAGGAAGCGGACUCAGAUCAAGUCUCACACGCGGAAUCCGCCGCGCCAGCGGAACAGUCUACCGAAGACGAGACGAAGGCUCCCAAGGGUUCGUCUGGAGAGACGGCCGAACCAACAGAGCAUGCCGCUGAAUCAGCACCUGCUGACGGCGAGGCGGCUCCGGAGACUAAAGAAGACGAGCAGGAGCAGGCGAAGCCGACUGAGGAAGAGUCAAGUGCACCUGUGGUCGCCGAAUCUAACGCAGAUGAGCCCUCUGCCGAGCCAGCCACGGACGAGCCGGCGACAGAAGAGGUUAAGGCCACUGAAAGUGACCCCAGCGCCGAUGCCGCCCCCCAAGAAGAGUCAGCAACUGUCGAGGAAGCAAGUGAAGAACAUCCCGCCGGUAAGGCAGCCGAGUCAGCAGUGGAACCUGCACCGGAAGAAGCCGAGACAAAGGAGGCUUCCGAGUCGACUCCUGCAGAGAAGGAGGAAGUGACGGAAUCGGAUGAGGCCUCAGCAGAGAAGGUUGAAGAACCGGUGGCGCAGGAAAGUGAAGAUGCCUCCGGAGAGGGUGACAACAAGGAUACCUCCGAGGCGCCAGUUCCUGCUACCACCAGUGAAACUGCCGAUGCUGCCCCCGAGGCCCAGCAGGAUGGACAGGAGGAGCCAGCUUCCGUCGUCGAGAAGCCAGAGGCAUCUGAAGCUGCUGCUGCAGAUGCUGAGGCCUCAGCCGUGACUGACAAGCCGGAGCCUGUUGAGGAAACUGCAGACACUGCAGCGCCUGCGGACGACACCGCAGUGCCCGAGUUUCAGACCCAGCCAGAGGAAUCUGUCGAAGACACAGCUGCCGAGGGAGACAAGGCCGCAUCGGGAGAGUCAGCUGAGCCAACCGAAACUGAGACCCAACAGGAUGCCUCCGCUCCCGAGGAUACCGCUUCGAAAGACCAAGGUGAAGCAACCGAGACCGCGGUCCCGGCUGAGGCUGAGAGCAAACCUGCCGAGAGUGUGGCUGAGGAGACAGAGGCUGCCGCAGCUCCGGAGGAAAACGUCGAGGGCCAAGAGCAAGCUUCGUUAGCCGAGGCUGAGGAAAAGCCUGCUGAUGAGGUUGCUCCUAAUCAGUCGACUGAUGCAACCGAGCCAGAGGAACCAGCUGAGAAACCCGCUGAAGAUGUUGCAGGAGCUCCUGCCGCCGAAGAAAAGGCCGAAGAAACGACUGAGACCGAAACGAAGCCUGUUGAGACGACUGAUGGCACUGAGGCUGAGGCUGAGGCUGAGAACGUAGAGCCAACUAAGUCUGAGGAAUCCGAAAAGCCAGCCCAGCCGACGGAGCCUGUAGAGCCGGUGGAAUCCACAGAGGCUGUGGAGGAAGAGAAACCAGCAGCGGACUCUGAGGAGCAGGCUGAACCGGAAAAAGCGGAGCCCGAAGAGCAAGCACAGGUUACACAAUCUGAACAACAGGCAGAGCCUGAGCAAGCCGAGCCUACAGAGCCAGCACAGCCUGAAGAACAAGCAGAACCUGAGCAGGCACCGUCCGAGGAGCAGCCCCAGUCUGAGGAACCCGCAGCGCCUGAGGAGGAAGCAGCGCCUGCGGAGCCUCAGGAACAAGAAAAGCCAGAGGAAUCUGCAGAGCCUGAGGAGCAAACACAACCUGAAGAAGCUGCGCCUGCGGAACCUGCGGAGCCUCAGGAACAAGAGAAGCCUGAGGAAUCUGUAGAGCCUGAGGAGCCAGCAGAAUCUGAGCAACCUCCACAGCCGGCAGAUUCCGAGGAAGCAGUCACGGAGGCAGCACAGCCCGUCGAACCCGAGCAACCUGCCGAAUCUUCGGAGGGCCAGGAAGCACCUGUCGAGUCUGCAGAGAAUGAGUCUACUGAACCUGAGAAGCCCGAGGAGUCCGCAGCGGCCGAAGAAGCUCCCGCAGAGACCGAGCAAGCACCUGCAGAAACUGCGGAGACAGUACCUACAGAUUCCGAGAAGCCAGAGGAACCUGCGGAGACCGAAGAAACACCGGCGGAAUCUACCCAGGACAAGGAAGCUCCUGUAGAGCCUGCAGCGACUGAGGAAGCACCUGCCGAAACUACAGAAACAGUACCGGCAGAACCUGCGGAGGCCAAAGGAGCUCCCGAUGAGCCUGCAGGGACCGAGGAAGCUCCUGCGGAGACUAAGGAGGAGCCUGCUGAAACUCCAGAGGCAGUAGCUACAGAAACUACAGAAACAGUGUCUGCAGAACCUGAGAAGCCAGAAGAAGCUCCCGAGGCUGAAGCCCCCGUACAACCUACAGAGACGGAGGAGGCUCCUGCAGAGACCAAGGAAGAACCUGUUGAAUCUGCAGACACAGUUCCUGUAGCGUCUGAGAAGCCUGAGGAGCCUCAGGAGACUGAAGAAGCCCCUGCAGAAUCCGCGGAGACAGCGCCUACGGAACCUACCGAAGAAAAAGAAGUUCCUACAGAGACCGCAGAAACAGUGCCUACAGAGCCCGAGGAGACUACAAAGACUGAAGAAUCACCUGCAGAACCUGCGGAGACAGCGCCUGCAGAAUCCGAGAAGCUUGAGGAAGCUGCUGUUCCCGCAGAAUCUACAGAGGACAAAGAAGCACCUACAGAGCCGGCAGAGUCUGAGGAAGCUCCUGCAGAGUCCAAGGAAGUGCCUGCCGAACCUGAGCAACCUGCAGAGCCAGUGCCUACGGAACAUGAGAAGUCCGAGGAAACCGGAGAGACCGAAGAAGCGCCUGCAGAACCUGUGGAGACGGCGACUGAGGAGCCUGCGCAGGAGGAGCUCAAGGAAGAACCAGCUGAGCCUCCCGCAGAGCCAGCAACGGCUGAGGAACAACCGGCAGAACCAGUAGAGCCCCAAGAGCAAGCACAGCCCGCAGAAUCUCAAGAGCCAGAAGAGCCAACGGCAUCUGCGGAGACGGAACCAUCACAGACAGUAGAAUCCGAGGAACAGGUGGAGUCAGUGAAAGCUGAGGAGCCUUCUCAAGAUAACGGUGCCGAAGUUGAGAAGACAGAAGCACCAACGGAGCCUCAGCCGGCUGAACCAACUGAAGAUGUGUCUCCCGCAGUUGAAGAGACUACGGCUGCCCCAGACGCAGCAGUUGAAAGCUCUGCUGCGGAAGUUGAGCCUGAGGUAGCAGAACCUGACACUAAGGAAGUGGGCUCUGAAGAGAAAGCCGAAGACGUCGCUGUGGAAGAGCCAGCUAAACCAUCUGAAGCUCCCACAGAGGAAGCCGCUGUUGGCCAGCAGGAGUCCGAAAACGUCGAGGUCGAGGCCGAGCCUGUUGAGGCCGCCACGGAAGAGACAAAGCCUGAAGAUGUCUCUGAGCCAGUCACGGAAAAGGCCGACGAUGCGCCUCAGCCGGAAGAAAAGCAAGAAGCUAUAGUUUCGGAAGCCGAUGCAACGCCAGCUCAGGCAGUUGAGGAGACACCAAUCGAAUCCAGCAACGAGCCUGCCGUGGAGGCGCCUGUGGAGGAGGCUGACACACCUGCAAAGGCUAAUGAGGCUCCUGUGGAAGAGCAAGAUGAGAAGCCUGAAGAAGUUGCCGAACAUGAAGUGACAGACAAAGCACCGGCAGAUGUGGAAACGGAAACCGCUGCUGCGGUUGCAGAGGAAGGCGAGCCGGUGGAGGCUGCUGUCAAGGAAGAGGUCACUGAGGGACAGCCAGCCACUGAGGCUGAAGUCCCCUCAACAGGCGCUGCUGAAGCUGUUGAGACAGCCGAGACGAAGGAAGCAGACGCUGAACUCAACGAGACUCCGGUGCCUGAGGUUGCUGUUGCUGAAAAGGCAGUCACUGAAACUGUUGAUGCCCAGAACUCUGCUGCUGAGCAGCAGACUACGGAGAAGUCGAUUGACGAACCUGAGCCUGAAAAAGCACCCGAGGCUGCGCCUGUUCAUGAUGAACAGAUUCCUGUGGAGGAACCGCAUCCUGCCGAAAGCGAGACUAAGGAAAAGGUGGUCGAAGAGGUCGAAGCUUCGAGCUCGACUGCAGAUGUCACCGCUCAGCCCGAACCCGAGGAGGUGAAUGAGCCAGUGAAGGACGAGUCAGCGGUGCAAUUGACAGAUGCUUUGAAAGCUGCUGGAGCUGUUGCAGUUGUUCUUGAAGCUGCGGCUACUUCGUCUUCUGAGCCAGCGCCGUCUGCGGUGGAGCCGGAAACCGUCAAGGCCAAAGAAGUCGAAAAGCCGACGGUUCCUUCUGAAACACCUGCUGCUCCUGCAAUUGAAGUUUCGUCCGAUGCGGCUCAGAGCAAAGAGCCGCUUCCAGUUCAAGACCCGCCAACGCCUGAGCCUGAAGCAGAUCCAGACCUGAGAAUGUUGGCCAGCGAUCGCGAAGCGCUUCUCAAGCGGCUUGGCAAUUCGACCUCCACCCUGCAGCUCCUGUCCGAUGAGCCACGGGCCGAAACUUCGAAGCAGCCCGAAGCCAGCACAGAGCAGGAAACGUCCAAGGCCGGCCCGUCCACAGAGACAGAAGAGCCAGCCAAGGCGGUUGAGGAGACUCCAUCUGGACCUGCCGAAAACCAAGCUGCUGCUCUUCUCAGCCCUAAGCCUGACGAAGACGCACGAUCUAACGGAGAACGGUCCAUCAAGUCGGUAUCGUUGACCAAACCAGACAAUUGGCUGAAGGUGAUUUUCCGGACGAUCUUCACGGCGCUUUUCGGCAGUCUCUUUGCGCCCUUCCGUCGCAGGAGAAGUUCCCAAAGAAGAACCUUUAUUGGCCUUCGCACACUAACAUACAUCAGGACGCUUUUCUUGGUCGCAGUCGUGACCAUUAUUGCUGUUCCAUUGAUUGCAAUGAAUGAGAUUGAUUGA